CUGACACACUUCUUGGCCACCCCUGCCAAAUCUCAGAAAUCAUAAGGAGGGGUUGCAAGCCAUUAUGUUGAGAAGUGGGACUGUGACUGCGGAUGCACUCCAGAAGAGUGCCAAAAAGGUGACACAGAUCACCCUAGAACCGGAUGAGGACCUGGUGAUGGAAAAGGAGCCAGAGGCUUAGGCUCCAAAGUCACAGCCAGUAGUGGCUGAAUAUAAGUCUAAGCUCCCUUUUCCCACCAGGAUGUACAAAGACAGGCUUGAGGCAGAGUUUGGCAAUUUCUUGUCCAUGCUCAAGAAGCUGAAUGUUCAAGUGCCUUUCAUGGAGGCACUAUCUCAGAUGCCUAGGUAUGCGAAGUUCCUGAAGGAUCUUCUCUCGAAGAAGCAGAAGCUGAGCGAGCUGGCCACUGUGGAGCUCAGAGAGGGGUGCUCGGCCAUUUUGCAGAACAAGCUUAUGCCGAAGCAGAAGGACCCUGGUAGUUUUACUAUCCCGUGCUCUAUUGGUAAAUUGCAUGUAGAGAGUUCCUUGGCGGAUCUAGGUGCUAGAAUCAAUGUUAUACCAUAUAAAUUUUUCAAGAAAUUAGGCCUAGGUGAACCCAGUGCAACUACGAUGAGUAUUCAAUUAGCCUACCGAUCUAUAGUUCAUCCUAGGGGCAUAGUGGAAGACCUCCUGGUUAAGGUUGACUUAUUUUUUUAUCUUGUGGAUUUUGUUAUCUUGGACAUCAAUGAAGAUGCAGAAGUGCCCAUUAUACUAGGAAGGCCUUUCCUGGCCACCGCCAAGGCUCUCAUAGAUGUGCAUUAUGGGACCUUAGUCUUGAGAGAUGGCGAGGAGCAUAUAACAUUUUCCAUUGCUAAUAAUAUGACUGUUAUCUCGCUUGUCAAUGUUGUCGCUCACCAGGUGCACGAAUCUGUCGUGUAUCCUUCUGUGCCUCUCGUUUUGCAGGAUUCACCUCCCAUAUCUUCGCCGCCACUCCCGUCCACCCCAUUACCAAAAGAAAAGAUAAAGGAGGAGUGGCGGCCGAAACUGCAGGUAGCUAGGUCUGCUGAAAAGGAAGUUGGAGACCACUAUGAGAGGGUCCUAGCCCCUGAGCCACGACCUCCCUGGCCAUCCAAGUAUUCACUCGCUUGCACCCUUCCGGAUGGCCAGGUCGAGUUGACAAGUGCUAGUGGUCACACCCGUUGUGUGCAUGGCGACCACCUGAAGCUUUACCUCAAGAGAGAUGUGGAUCCGCUCUUGAAGGCACUUGUUCCUACACCACUCUGAGCAUCUACCCUCUGCAUCCAGCUAAAGAUGUAAAAGAAACGCUUGUGGGGAGGCUACCCCACCAAUGUUUGUUUUCCUUUCGUUUGUUUUUGGUUUGUCCACUUGGAACUAUGGUUUCUACCACCCAGUGUGUUUUGAUGACUCUAGCCCUGCUGACUGGUCCCAUUUCCAGUUCCCUGGCAGUUCGUUUUCCCGGUAACAUCGUUUCCCCUUAUCUUUCCCUCUACUCCAUUGAGGGCAAUGUCGAACUUAAGUGCGGGGGGUAUUUAUCUAUCUUUGACUGCUAGAUGAGUUUCUGUGCUUGGAGCCUAGUCCAUUGUCCAAUUGAUGAAUUGAGGGCUCGAAGUACUGUUCCCUGCAAUAUCUUGCUCAGUAUGCUUUGAAUUGACAGUCUUUAUGGUGAUAUGCAACCUAGGGAGGUAGGUGUAGUACUAUGGAGGAUGUGGAUGCAUUUAAGAAGUCUCCUUUCUUCUUCAUAUUAUGUGGAAUCUCUACCUGUAAUGAACUCCAGUAUCAUGU